AUGGAACUGCUGGAUACAAUCUCCAGACUGCAGGAUCAAAUCACGGAGCUACGCUCCAAAACGGAAACUAUGGAAGCGGAACUGAUAGAGUCGAGGGAAAUGAACGAUUUGCUGGAAUUUCAGCUUUUGGAGAAUAAGGAGAAUAUGGCGCAUGAAUAUGAGUCAUAUUUAUGUCCAGGCAAUUUAUCAACUGCCAUAGUUCAGGAACAGCAUGCACUUAAUGAGAAGAAAAAUAUGCAAACAAUGACGGACGCAUGGAUUAGCGAAAACGAUGACUGUGCCAUUUCUAGUCAACUGCCAUCUACUCUUAACUUUGAAGAAAUUCGAAAUCGGAAGUGUGAUUUUGUCAAUUUGCGUCGAUCAGCAAGUUUGAACGAUAACGAGAGGAGAAUUGUUCAACAAAUGUUAACUUACAUUGAACACUUGGAAAACGUUUUGCAAUCGCAGUUAGAAGCAGCACAUAAGAGGGAGCUGGAGUUGGAGAAAGAAAAGCAGGAAGUUCGUAAUUUUCAAACUUUUUUGCAUAAAUUAGCGUGUGGUGAGGCAGUGUAUCCAACUGGUUUAACAUUUUGA